GAAAAAUAUAGUUUCAGUUAAAGACAACUAAAAAGAAAAUUCUGAAAAAAAUCUUUGAAAGGUUUUUGCGGUACCGGAAGCAAAUUUGUAACAAAAGCAACCAGCAACGCAUGGAUGGGAAAUACUGGUCCGUCCUUCAUUUAUUCGGAAUAUGGUUGAUGAUCUGUGCAUCUGUUACUGGUCGUCUGGCGCUGAAAAAGGAUAUCAGGAGAGACGCUUCUCCUUGCGGAUCAGACUGCCCUUCAUACUGCUCUCCUGAAUGUUUACCCGGUUGUUGCAACUUCUUCCAGUACUACACACCUGCACCACCUCCGCCCCCUCCUCCUCCUCAGCCCGGACCCCCCGGGCCUGAUGGUCCUGUUGGUCCAGCUGGGCCACCAGGGCCAGAUGGACCAAAGGGAAUCCCCGGACCACCCGGUCCUCGGGGGCCUCCUGGUUUUCCCGGAGCUCCAGGCAGUCCGGCUGGCCCUCCAGGAACACCGGGACUCUCUGGAAAUCCAGGACAACCCGGAAGUUUAGGGGAACCUGGCGAUAUGGGUCCUGUCGGCCCUCCAGGGUCCCCGGGUCCUCCAGCCGCCCCUGGUGCCCCAGGACCAAAAGGACCAAAUGGUGAUAAUGGACCUGCGGGUGCAAUGGGGCAUCCCGGGGAAAUGGGAGAUCCGGGCUUAGCAGGACCACCUGGUCCCCCUGGACCACCCGGACUUCCAGGAAUUCCAGCCACUUCUCCUCCUCCAACGUGUCCUGAGAUUUGUGAGACAAUCUGUGUGAGUACAUGCCCAAGCGCCUGUUGUUCAGGAGCUGGUGUACCAAGUGCCAAUGGUCAUCAGGGACCUGAGGGAAGUCCAGAGGAACCAGGAGCCCCCGGCCCCCUUGGGGUACCGGCCACAGUAACAGCGUAUGGAGCCCCAGGGGGUGCACCAGGCCAAGCAGGUGUUCAAGGACCUCAAGGCGCACAAGGAACAAAGGGAGCUAUGGGAGCUAUGGGAAGUCCAGGAGAACCAGCAGAAGCUGGAGCACCCGCACCUCCGAGUCUACCGGGUCCACCCGGGAUUCCAGCGAUAACUUCCACAAAUAACAAUGCCCCGACUGGUCUGCCAGGCUCUGCAGGGCUUCAGGGACCUCAGGGUACUCAAGGGGCUAUGGGAGCUAUGGGAGCCAGAGGAAAUCCAGGAGACCAAGGAGCAGCAGGACCUCCUGGUCCACCAGGGCCCCCAGGUCCCUCCGCUGGGGCACAGGCGUCGACACCUGCAGCUUAUGGUGCACCAGCUGGUGCUCCAGGUCAAGCUGGGCUUCAAGGACCCCAGGGUCCUCAAGGGGCCAUGGGAGCUAUGGGAGCUAGGGGAAAUCCAGGAGACCAAGGAGCAGCUGGACCUCCUGGUCCACCAGGGCUCCCAGGUCCCCCCGCGGGGGCACAGGCGUCGCCACCUGCGGCUUAUGGUGCACCAGCUGGUGCAGCAGGUCAAGCUGGGCUUCGAGGACCUCAGGGUCCUCAAGGGGCUAUGGGAACUAUGGGAGCCAGGGGAAAUCCAGGAGACCAAGGAGCAGCUGGAGCUCCAGGUCCACCAGGUCCCCUUGGUUCCCCUGGGUUUCCAGCGGCAACGUCCAAAACUCAUAGUGCUCCAGCUGGAAGACAAGGCCCAGCAGGUUUUCAAGGACCAUCAGGGCCCCAGGGAGCAAUAGGAGCCAUGGGUGCCCCUGGAAAACAGGGAGUCCCUGGUGCUGCCGGACCAUCAGG